AUGGCCGACCCCCUCUUCCCCACGAGGGGGAUACCCGCGGGUGACCCGGCUUGCUGCCGUGUGCUCUCUUUAGUGUUGGCGCCGUGGCACGGGCUGGUGGGCUCAUGCGGGGCUGGACACUGGAGCUACGUAGACGACCGGUCACUGAAGACGAGCACGUUGGGGGACCUCCAGUCCCAGCUGCAGGUCACCCAGGAGUUCGACGCCGCGGUCGGCUUGACGGAGAACGGCGGCAAGCGGCAAAUGUGGGCGGGGUCUGGCGCCGCCGAGCACCUGGGCAUAAUCGCUCAGCCAGCGGCCGGCCUCCGACCGCACUUGCCCCCGCCGAGGGACGGUUGGGAUCCCGUGGUGGACACGGCCCGGCGCGCUCGGUGCGUCCCAGGCGGAGCCGAGUUGCGGGAGCAGGUCGUGAAGUGGGCGCUGAAUGAGUACAUGUGGGCGGCCCCCUUCGUGGAGCAUCCGCCAGCGGCCCUGGCGAGGGAGUGCAUGAAAGCCAUAUCGGCGCAGAAAUCGACAUGGUGGUGCGCCCGCCGCUUCUGGGCGGACAAGAUCAUGACCCACCCCAGCCUGGCGUUGUCGUGCCGGGCGUUGCAGGCGGCACGCGGCCUCCCGUGGUCGAGCAUGCUCGAGGUGGCUCUGGACACCCAUUGUUGCAAGCUGGGGCUGCGCAUGGCGGACUUGCCCGGCCCCCUCCCGGAGGGCAUCUGGGUGGUUCCAGGGGUUGGCCUGGACCGCCGUGCCCGGGUGGCGGCGGAAGCGCUUCUGCCUUUCCGUGUGGCGGGCCGGGGCCGCGUGGACGCCGACCCGCCGUUGGUCUGGGCAGGGUCGAUUAACGGCGUGUCCUUGGUGCGGGUUUGA